GAAGCAGUGAGAGGAGAGGGUUAGAGAAGUGACAGAUAUCUUCCAGCUGCUUCAGCAGGACAAACGUGACACUUGUUCGACCAUCUCAUCUCCGGUUGCCAUGGCCUCAGCCCUCAUAUCUGCCAUGAGUCUGAUUCUCUGUGCGUUGGCAUUCAUUCUCUGCAGCAGUCCAGCAGAGGCUCAAGCAGACUUAGCAUUGGACUGUUGCCUGACGGUUAGCCAUAAAAUCAUCCCUAAACAAGUCCUCCUCACUUACCGGAAGCAGCUGAGAGUUGACGGCUGCCCCCGAGAUGCUGUUGUAUUCACGACCAGGAAAGGACUGAAACUUUGUGCCCCAUCUGCAGAAAAGGAGCAGUGGGUUAAAGAGACAAUGAAGUUUCUGGACACUAGGUUUAAGAAGUGCAAAGAAAACAAAUUUAAUGAUAAACGCUGUCAUGGCCUGAAGAAUUGAGUGAACACACACAUAAAUAUAUGCAUUAAAUGGCAGCUGAAGUAGCUCACUUCUAACAGUUUCUGUAAUACAUUUAGGUUCUUCCUCUUUCAGCAUUUUCAUUGUUGUUUGAUCUUCCCAUAUUUGCUGUUGUGUGAACAUAUUAUUCCUUUUUUUGUGUCUGUGUGUGUGUGUGUGUAUAUUCUAUUCUGAUAUAAUCAUUGUGGUGGUUGUGUUUCUUUAUGUGAAUAAAUCUGUUGAAAAAAACACA